AUGCUGUUUGGCGUAUCUCGACCGGCUAUCUACUAUACCAUUAAUCUCUGGAAUUCUUACAAUACUUUUAAGUCUUUACCUCGAAGCGGCCGUCCUAAAAUUCUUUCGCCUUCGGAAAAGCGAUAUAUCCUUUUAAUAAUUAAAAAGGAACGAUAUAUAGUAUUCUGUUUUCCUUCUAAGAAGUACGACUAUAGAUUUAUUAACUUAAAGAACUAUAUAAGGGUAGAUAUUAUAUUUAUAGUAUAA